UUUUUUUUUUUUUUUUUUACAACAAUAUAUUUAUCUUUCUUUAUUGCAUGUCAUAGCAUUUAUAUUUUAUACCCAACCUGCAAACAAAUAGAAAUAACAAAUACCCAUUAGACUCCCUUUUCCCAUCUCUUACAUUUUCUUUUUUUACCAAAACAAAAACACAACUCAUCUUUUUUUUAUAAAAAAAAGAAAAAUAGAGUGAUGGCAUUGAAUUUAUUACCCACGCAAUCCGUUUCCAUGACGACGACUACAACGACAGGAGAGUCAGUGUAUGAUGCAUUAAACGAACUCGAAAUCCCAGAUAAAGAAGUACAACAAUUACUCCAGAUACAUGAUAGACUGUCGAUCAGUGAGCUUACAUGUCAAUUUCAAGGGAUCACGACCCGUAUUAUGCAAUGGUUAGAAGUAGCACACAUGACAGCAUUUACUAUAGAGCAGAAUAUCAAGCGACAGCAAGUUCCAGACAUGGCUCCUUUAUUAAAGACGUGUCAAAGAAUGGUACCGGUGAUACCUUUGUUAAUCGAACUGAAUGAAAUCAUUCAUGACGAUCCCACCGUCACUAUCACCAAGAUUCAAUCGGAAUGGUCUGGAUUACAACAUUUUAUCAGUAGCGUGAAAAAAUCGAUGGAAGAAUUAAAUGAGAAAUCCGACUUGCUGUCUCUGAUGUCGACCAUACUUUUCCAGAUUGAUGAUUUAUCCAUCAUGAUAUUCCAGUACCAAGAGAAACGGCAUCAGACGGUGUCUCAAGGAGAGCAGAAGGAGGACGGUAUUCUGAUCGAAAUCGACAACCAAGUAGGACCCUUGUUUAACCUUGUCGAGAAAGUAUAUACCAGAAUGUCUACUUCGCCACCGCAAGACAGCUCCGGGUUAUUAGGCCGUAAACACUUGCUGGUACAAGACCGUUGGGAAUCAUUGCGUUUAGAAAUUGAUGAGUUAAAGAUUGAAUUAAAGGAAGACCGCUGGUUGAUUGUAUUUAAACAAGUGGCUGAUCAAGUGGAUGGGAUGAUGGAUGGAUUAGAUAAAACUGUUUCGCAAUGUUAUUUGAUGAUACAACAAAUAAAAGAGACGGGGCUUUCCACUAGCACCUCGACCUCAACCACCACCAGUAAUUCUUCUACGGGAUCGAAUACCAGCACCUCUUUGGAUAAGUUGCGCUCGGUGGAGAAGAACUUUGAUGCCAAAUACAAGUAUUAUACACCUUCAAUUGCUAAAAUGCUAAUGAUGUUGGGGAACGGUAUUGCAGCACGUGUGUCCCGAAACGUAUUAACCUUAAACCGUCAUGAGGCCAUGUUAAAUCGCUGGAAUCAAUUGAAAAUUACCAUGGAUAACCUGAGAAAGAAAGAUUUACCCGAUACAAGACCUGUGAGUCCCGCCUCUAUUUGUUGGUCACGUACUAGUGAUAGAAGUGACACAAGCCAGUUCUUGAUGAAGUCGCCUGAACCAAAUACGAUGGAUCGAUCCCGAAGUCCGUAUAUCUCGUCGGUGGCGUCUUCUUCACCUAUUCCGUUUAAUAUGAUGGACGAGUAUCAUCGAAAGACGCCUACGAACCCUAGUAAGAAUCUCUGGCAGAGUAUGAAUAGUAGUAAGUCGCCUAGUCCAGUGUAUGGUAGAUCACAGCAGAUGAGUCCACUGUCUCGUGAGAAGCGAAGUAACCUGGUACCAAGCACAUCUGACACGUUCAAGAGAUCAGUGAAGGAAGAAGAAGAGGAAGAUGAUGAUUUUGAUACGAGUGAUUUUCGAAGACAGCAGACACCCACCAUAAGCCAACAACAGUUACAUAAUUCAGCGAGAUCUAAAAGUAGCUUAUCUACGAGUACAAGAUCGAUGACACCGAAUGCCAGGAGAUGUGGGACACCUAGUAUGAUACCUCGACCCAAGACCCCCACAGCGUCUUCACUGAUACCUCGACCCAAGACGCCCAACUAUCGACUGAAUCGUAUUGGGUCACCCAUGAUACCAAAGCAACCACCACAACAACAAGCUGGUAAAUAUAGACCCAAUCCCAAAGAUGCACUUGAUAAGGAAAUUGGAAUGAUUAUUAAUUCUAGCCCAAUACCCAUUCAAUGUCAAAAGGCAGCAGGACAGCAUGAAGGACGAUAUUAUUUUGGUAAUGAAUUAACUCCAUCGCUGGGAGGUGGUAAAAAAAUUUAUACUUGUAAACUAAUGACCUAUGACAAUAACCGCAAUCAAACACAAAAAAGAAACAAGGUCUUGAUACGUGUGGGUGGUGGCUGGCAAGAUUUGGAGAUAUUCUUACUUGAACAUAUGAACUUGAUGGGUGGAUAAAAACCUUAAAUAAAUUUUAUUUUUUUUUUUG